UAUGGAAACAAAGCUGUCUGGAUCGCUGGACACUCUCUAGGAGCUGGCCUGGCACUACUCGCGGGGAAGAUCAUGGCUAUGUACGGAUGCCCCGUCGAAUCUUACAUCUUUAACCCGCCUAUCUCCUUGAUUCCUCUAGAGCAGCUAGUUGAGAGUGAGGAACUUAAAUGUGCGGUCAGACUCAUCAGAGAUAUUGUCAAAGCCGGCAUAGCCAGAGUCUUAGACCUAAAUGAGGGUCAAGGAAGCCAUCUAUUUAUGAAUUUAGCUUCCUGGAGACCUCAUUUGUUUGUGAACCAAUCAGAUCCAAUCUGCUCAGAAUAUAUUGGUUAUUUCAAUCACAGAGACGAUAUGGGUGAGCUGCAACUCGGCAGGAUCGAGAGGCUGGCUAGAUACUCGAUUAGGAAAAUAUUGUUCGGAGGGGGAGGACAAAGUUCGUCGUCGUCGUAUUCUUCAGAAGAGCAUCUCCAUUUUCUUCCGUCGGCCUUUGUGAUGGUGAACACAUUCAUAUCACCGGAUUUUCAGACAGAUCAUGGGAUUCAUCAAUGGUGGAAUCCUAUGCUCGGACAUUAUUCAUACCAAUUUAAUGUAUGAUUUGGGCUUUCCUUGCUUUAGUUAUGUUCUUGUCAGCUGAAUCUUCUAUACAAAACAUUGUAGGGAUUUUUGGUUGCAUGUCACGUCAGACUUAAAAAAAAAAAAAAAUUCCUUUUCAAUCGUAUUAUUACUUUCCGCA